AUGUCGCAGCAGAUCCGCACAGUGGCCGUCAUCGGCUGUGGUGUAAUUGGAAUGAGCUGGGCAUGUCUCUUCCUCGCCAAAGGCCUGAAGGUGAUCAUUACCGACCCAGUAGAAGGUGCCGAAGACCGAUUCAGACGUUAUCUUGACGAGGCAUGGCCUAGUAUUCAACUGCAACUUGGGUCCCUUCAGCAGGAGCCGGCCAAGAACUAUGAGUUCGUGGCCGAUAUAGUUCCCAGACUGAUCGAGGUCGAUUUUAUACAAGAGAACGGACCCGAGAGAGUCGAGUUCAAGCAGGAGCUCUUCAAAACACUCGACCAGCAUGCCAGGCCGGGCGUUGUCAUUGCCUCCUCAUCGUCGGGCUUGCCUUCGUCCGCCUUCAUCGGACAAUGCGAACAUGAGCCUGGCCGAAUCCUGAUCGGGCACCCUUUCAACCCACCACACCUGAUUCCAUUGGUUGAAGUUGUGCCUCACGCCGGUACGACUCCUGCGAUAAUUACGACGGCCAUGGCUUUUUACAGAGCCCUGGGUAAACGACCGGUGCUGAUUCGCAAGGAGGUUCCGGGGUUUGUGGCGAACCGACUCCAGGCCGCCAUCAAUGCCGAAGCAUACAGUCUCAUCAGCCGUGGCGUCAUCUCGGCGGAGGACCUCGAUACUGCCGUGACGUCUGGCCCUGGACUUCGGUGGGGAGUGACUGGGCCAAUAGUCACCAAUGCGCUCGGAGGCGGAGGAGGCGCCGAUGGCUUCAACACGAGGCUGGAACGUCUAGGCCCCGCGAUCCGGGGCUGGGAGAAAGAUAUGCUGGAGCAUCGUUUUGACUGGAGCGAAGAAAGGUUGUCAUUGUUGAAGGCCGAAGUUGGAAACUACCUAACAGCAGUCAACUGGUCAGAACUGACAAGGCAACGAGACUCGGUGCUGCUUCAGUUACUGAAAUCAAAGCCUAACUUAUAA